AUGCCUACGCCACUCGACAGAGCGAUGCAGUCGCGCAACGCAUUUUUUGCGUUCGCUGGUAUAGUUACCGCAGUAUCAGCAUGGUCAAUUUGGGGCGGCGAGAUGUUCCCCGGAGAGAAAGACCCAGUUGGAGAUCCAUCAAAGUGGGCAGACUCAGAGCUCAAGCGGUGGUUGGAAGUGAGGGGACUGCUUCCUGAUAAGAAAGCCACCAGAGAGGACCUUCUGGAGCGAGUGAAGGCGAACAUGAGGCCACAACCGCGGAGUUGA